CUGGCCGAAUCCCGCGCGCUCUGGUUCUCCUUGUCGCCUCGACUUUUUCCGACCAUGGAGGGGGUAGCGGUGGCUGCGGCGGCGAGCAGCGUGGGCGCCGCCAAGGCCGAGGGAGCCGCCGCCGCGUCGCCGCCGCCGCGUCCUGUUUCCCCGCCUGCCCUCACCCCGGCUCCCGCCGCCGGCGAAGAGGGCCCAGCGCCUCUGCUCGAGGUGGGGGCUCCGGGCUGCUCCGGCUCCCGGCCCCCGGAGCUGGAGCCUGAGCGUGCCCUGGGCCGCUUGAGAGGCCGCUUCGAGUAUGAGGACGAGGAGUUGGAGGAAGAUGAAGAGUUAGAGGAAGAAGAAGAGGAGGAGGAGGAAGAGAUGAGCCACUUCUCGCUGAGGCUGGAGGGGGGCCGGCCGGACUCGGAGGACGAGGAGGAGCGCCUGAUUAAUCUCUCUGAGCUGACCCCAUACAUCUUGUGUUCCAUUUGCAAAGGUUACUUAAUAGAUGCAACUACCAUUACAGAAUGUCUUCAUACCUUUUGUAAAAGCUGCAUUGUAAGACAUUUUUACUAUAGCAACAGAUGCCCAAAAUGCAACAUAGUAGUACAUCAGACACAACCUCUUUAUAACAUAAGGUUGGACCGACAGUUACAAGACAUAGUGUACAAAUUAGUGAUCAAUCUAGAGGAAAGAGAAAAAAAGCAAAUGCAUGAUUUCUAUAAAGAAAGAGGUCUAGAAGUACCUAAACCUGCUGUUCCACAGCCAGUCCCUUCGAGCAAAGCAAGAUCUAAGAAAGUCCUAGAGUCCGUGUUUCGUAUUCCACCUGAACUUGAUAUGUCUUUAUUACUGGAGUUCAUUGGUUGUCGUUGUUUAGCUGGCCUGGGCCAGGUUCAAACCCUCCAGCCUUCGUGUAUGUGGCCGGCACCCUACCCUACCCGCCUGCCGACAAGCAAUGCUAAUGAAGGCACGGGACAUUUUAAGCCAUUGGAAAAGAAGUUUGUUCGAGUCUCUGGAGAAGCAACUAUUGGGCAUGUAGAAAAAUUCCUCAGAAGAAAAAUGGGUCUUGAUCCAGCUUGUCAGGUAGAUAUCAUCUGUGGUGAUCACUUGUUGGAACGGUGUCAAACUCUGAGGGAAAUUCAACGUGCAAUAGGUGAAGCAGCAAUGCAGGAUGGCCUGCUUGUCCUUCAUUAUGGUCUUGUGGUUUCUCCUCUGAAGAUAACUUGAAGAUCGAUACCACGAGGAGGAAAACAAAAUAAGGAGGCUUUUGCAGGACUGCAUCUCACCAAAGAUUUCCAUGAAUUGCCACCACUUUUUGCUGUUCUAGAUAUAAGUUAUCUAUUUUUAGCACCAAGUAUCAUAGCAUUUAUAAGUACAACUUGAAAUGAUGGAAUGCAUCUGUUUUACUAAAGACUAUAUAAAAAGCAUCCAUAGCUCAGGGGAAAAGUUUCAAAACAUUAAAUUUUAAAAUUCCUUGUGAUUUAAAGUACUUUGACAUUGAUUCUUGCUUUCUGUCUUUGAGGUAAAUUAGUUGCUGUUUUCUUCUUUGUUGAGCCAUUAAAGUUUAUGGUUGGGAUUCUGCUCUCUGGGAUGGCAUCAGUUGGGCAGUCUUCCUUUUGGAAAAGAAGUGUGCUUUUGAGCGGAAGAAUCAAAGCCAGUCUUUGUUAAACUACAAAUGGGGCAUACUCUCAAACACCAAAACCAUUGGCCACUUUUGUAUGUUGCCAGAACAUUUUGAACUUGUUAACUUUUUUUUAGACCAGCAACACUACUAAGGAGAUGCUAUUCACUUCUAAAAUGGAUAAAUUAUCAUUAUUCUGUGUAAGAAGACAGUAAGAGGUUCUUCUUUGUGACAGUAUCUUUAUUCUUUGAAUGUUAAUUUGAUUAAUGUUCAUUUUAUUUGGCUACAGAUUAUGGUGAUUGUUAUCUCAUAAUAGCACUGGUUCUGAAAGUAAAUAAAAAGUUUUAGGUGAAUUUGAGAAAUUUAUACAAUACUUUUUGUUUUCUCAAUGUUUAUUUUCCCAUUAUUUUGUCACUGGGAUGAAGAAUAAGGGUAUUUCAGCUCACUUUCAUGCAAAGAUUCCAUUCAGUUUUAAACGUUAUUUUGCCUAAAAUUACCAUUCUGAUGCUUUCUAAAGAAAUAUUUUGUGUUCCUUGUUAGUAUAGUGGUGAGUAAAAAAAUAAAUAAAUAAAUAAAAUAAGAAAUAUUUUGUAGACCCAAUUUCACAGCAAAAUUUCUAAAUCUGUAUAGAAACUAUUACAGAAGUGGACAAGGAUUGGCGGUUGUUUGUAAAGAAUUAUGAAUUGUAUAAAAAUUUCUUCUAACAUUUAAUAAAAUUUUAUUUUA